GCGGGUGUAGGCGGGUGAAGAAGGAGCGGGCCCUUGCCGCUCGGUCUCACUCCCUCGCGCUUUCUCGGGCAACAUGGCGGGUGUGGAGGAGGCAGCGUCCUCCGGGAGCCACCUGAAUGGCGACCUGGAUCCAGACGACAGGGAGGAGGGAGCUGCCUCUACGGCUGAGGAGGCAGCCAAGAAAAAAAGACGGAAGAAGAAGAAGAGUAAAGGGGCUGCCACAGCAGGACAACAGGAACCUGAUAAAGAAUCAGGAACCUCAGUUGAUGAGGUAGCAAGACAGUUGGAAAGACAAGCGUUGGAAGAGAAAGAAAGAGAUGAUGACGAUGAAGAUGGAGAUGGUGAUGGAGAUGGAGCAACUGGAAAGAAGAAGAAAAAGAAGAAGAAGAAGAGAGGACCAAAAGUUCAGACAGACCCUCCCUCAGUUCCAAUAUGUGACCUGUAUCCUAACGGUGUAUUUCCCAAAGGACAAGAAUGCGAGUACCCACCCACACAAGAUGGGCGAACAGCUGCUUGGAGAACUACAAGUGAAGAAAAGAAAGCAUUAGAUCAAGCUAGUGAAGAGAUUUGGAAUGAUUUUCGAGAAGCCGCAGAAGCACAUCGACAAGUUAGAAAAUACGUUAUGAGCUGGAUCAAGCCUGGGAUGACAAUGAUAGAAAUCUGUGAAAAGUUGGAAGACUGUUCACGAAAGCUAAUAAAAGAGAAUGGAUUAAACGCAGGCCUGGCAUUUCCUACUGGGUGUUCUCUCAAUAACUGCGCUGCCCAUUAUACUCCCAAUGCUGGUGACACAACAGUAUUACAGUAUGAUGACAUCUGUAAGAUAGACUUUGGAACACAUAUAAGUGGUAGGAUUAUUGACUGUGCUUUUACUGUCACUUUUAAUCCCAAAUAUGAUACAUUAUUAAAAGCUGUAAAAGAUGCCACUAACACUGGAAUAAAGUGUGCUGGAAUUGAUGUCCGUCUAUGUGAUGUUGGUGAGGCCAUCCAAGAAGUUAUGGAAUCCUAUGAGGUUGAAAUAGAUGGGAAGACAUAUCAAGUGAAACCAAUCCGUAAUCUAAAUGGACAUUCAAUUGGGCCAUAUAGAAUACAUGCUGGGAAAACAGUGCCCAUUGUGAAAGGAGGAGAGGCAACAAGAAUGGAGGAAGGAGAAGUGUAUGCUAUUGAAACCUUUGGUAGCACAGGAAAAGGUGUUGUUCAUGAUGAUAUGGAAUGUUCACAUUACAUGAAAAAUUUUGAUGUUGGACAUGUGCCAAUAAGGCUUCCAAGAACAAAACACUUGUUAAAUGUCAUCAAUGAAAACUUUGGCACCCUUGCCUUCUGCCGCAGAUGGCUGGAUCGCUUGGGAGAAAGUAAAUACUUGAUGGCUUUGAAGAAUCUGUGUGACUUGGGCAUUGUAGAUCCAUAUCCACCAUUAUGUGACAUUAAAGGAUCAUAUACAGCGCAGUUUGAACAUACCAUACUGUUGCGUCCAACAUGUAAAGAAGUUGUCAGCAGAGGAGAUGACUAUUAAACUUAGUCCAAAGCCACCACAACAUCUUUUAUUUUCUAAGCUUUGUUGGAAUACAUUAUACCAGAAUUAAUUUGCAACAUGUUGUCUGUUUGACAGUGGACCUAUGUAAUACUUUUAUCCAUGUUUAAAAAGGAAGGAAUUUGAUCAAAGGCAUACCAUCUAAUGUAAUUAACCAAGGAAAAAGCUUUCAGGACUUUCAGAUGUUAACUGUUUUUCCCCUGUCUAGGAAAUGCUAUAAAGCUCAAAUUAGUUAGAAAUGACUUAUACAUGUUGUUUUGAACACCCAGGAGACGCUUUUCAUAUAUUUAUAUUGCCAUAUUCUUAAUUGAAUGCUUUGAAUGACUACAUCCACUUCUGCACCUAUAUCCUCUGGUAUUGCUUUUUAACCUUCCUGGAAUCCAUUUUCUAAAAAAUAAAGACAUUUUCAGAUCUGA